AUGGAGCCGAUCAUCAAAGAAGAUUUAGAGAAAAUUAUAAUUGCUUUGCUACAGAAAUGUCAACUAGAAAACGAAACUCCAAUGCAUAUUCCUCUGGAAGAUGUUGAAAGUAGAAUAUUGGAACCGGCUACACGCGGUAUGAACUAUUAUUGCUUUGUACAUGAUAUGAAUAUGAUAGGCAUUGAUCAUCAAAGUAUUUCUAAUGGCAAAAUGCUUCUUAUGGAAGACCCAAAAAUUACUUUUGAAAGAAGUUUAUUUCUAAAAAGAAUGAAAAAUAUUCGACAAAGUGAUCAUGUCAUCUAUUACGUCAGUGAAAGAAUAAUAGAUGAUAAUUGUCAUUUUGAGAAGACCUGGGUUCGAAAUUGUAAAAGUUCUACAUUAGUUACAAAUGGACAUGUAUUCUUCCACGCUAUAUCUAAACAGGGUUUUACGAAUGGCAUAUUUUGCUAUUCUCCAACUGAAUAUGAUUUUUACAAGUGGAUAAUAGAUGUUUUGCUUCCGUCGUUGAAACCUGUAAGUGUGAUCGUAUUCGACAAUAGUCCGUUACACGGAACCCCAAAACCUAAUAAAGUGUCCAUGUUUGAUACGAAAGAUGAGAUGAGAAAAUGGCUAUGUGAAAAUAAUAUACCACACACUAACUCUAUGAAAAAAUCUGAAUUGUAUCACCUUAUUGAGAACUGUGUAAGUAGUAUGAAUACGUCUGCUCAGGUUGAUCGUGUUAUCAAAGCAAAUGGUCAUCAAGUGGUACGAUUGCCUACACAUUUUGAAGACUUAUCGCCUAUUGACCAAAUCUGGCAAGAUAUUAAGAGUUUUCAAUCGCUCUCUCAGAAUGAUCUACAUAAUAGUAUAUUAAAAUACUUUUUAGAAAUACCUAACGUCGCAUAUGGUCUUCUUUAUGACAAAAUUGAAAAACAUGAAAACACUUUGUUUGAGUUGGAUGAAAAAAUAGAUGAGGCUUUGGAUCAAUAUAUAAAGGUUUUAAAAGAACAGUGA